UAAGACUCCAGAGUACAGACUCCUACUCUCCCAUUAGUGUUAUAAAAAUUCGUCUCUAUUGCAAUAUACUUAGUAAUUUUACACAAUUAAGUUAAUAUCAAUAUUUUCUGAAUUUGUGAAAUAUUGAAACCUAAUGAAAUUUAGAUAUAAAAAACUUGAGGAGACCCGUCGCCUCGUAAGUCGUAACCCCUAACUUCGGUAUUCCACUUGGCUUGAAAAGGUAGCCGCCAUUUUUUCACAGGACUGGUGAUUUUUUUGGGAGGUGCAAGCGACCAUGGUUGACUUGCAAAGUAAUGGGAUGAUGAAUAGAAAGCGGAAGCAUUCGGUGAAUUCUCCGAUAAUUCCGUUUGUAACGAAUGAAUUAUGGCCAGAAGAAGAACUAGAGAUGAUAGUCAAAGAUACAAUUAGAAACUUGAAGAAUGAAAAUGAUAAAGAAAAGGACAACAUUCACCCCAUGAAAUUUCAUAUAAGUGGGGAUGUUGGCUUUAAGCUUAUUUGCGAAGCAGUGGAAGAAUUUGAUCUUCCUGUAGAUUGCAAAUUCAUUGCUUUGGAACUCUUCCAUAAAUUUGUUGCAAAACAGUUAGAUAGUCUUCUGGGUUAUGUCUCCAAGACAGAUAAAUGCAAGAACAAGGGAAAAUUGAUAAAAGAGUUAGAGAAACGGCUUAGAUCUCAGUCUCCUCUCAGGGCUCUUACCUGUGUUAUGAUAGCCUCUAAACUUGCAAGUAAUAAAAAGGCAAUAGAUGCAGAAAUCAUGUACCAUUUUAUUCAGAAAAUGGAUAUAAAUUUCACCAAAAGACAGAUUGUACGCUCCGAGACUAGAGUGUUAGAGCAGUUGGAAUACAAGUGCUCGCAUACAAGUUUUAUUAUGGUGUGUGUGGGCAUCAUGGUGACUGCAGUAGGACUCAAAAGACAUGCUAUCAAAGAAGUAAAACAAGUCAGAGCAGAACGUCUUUAUAAGACUUCCAUAUAUCUUCUGGAUUUUGCGUACCUGAACCAUGACAAAAUCUACAAGGAGCUUUUUUAUCUCAUUACAGGAUCAAGAGUCAUUUCUGAAAAUCUAAGGAUUGCAUAUGCAAGAGUGGUGGCUGAUCGCUUUCUUCUGGCAGCUUCCACAGUUGCUGCAGGAAGUUGGGUAUUAGGUGGUAAUGUUUUCUGCAGUGCUGUUAUCUCUUGCCUUAAUAGGACAACAAAUUUACCUGUAGAGGAUUUAGAAUCUGUCACAGCCUGUCUUCUGCACAUUGCUGGUCUAAGUGAAUAGACAAGUAAUUAAGGUAAAAUUAUCAAUUAAAUUUAUUAAUCAUUUAAAAAAAAUAUUUAUGUAAAGGGUUUCAAAAACAACCUGUAAUUUCGUCCAUUUUAUUUUCAAAUGGCACUAUUAUAUCACAAAGGGAGUACAAUAAAAAUAUUUGAGCUAUGCAACCUCCAUUGACAUUUUAUACAAUUUUCUUUUCAAUAAAAAAUUAUGUAUACUGUAAUUUUAGUUUUGUAAAUUAUUGAUUUGUCCAACUCAAAUCUUCAUGGCAGACUUAUUUGGCAUAACUACUCAUCUUACCUGAAAAAACUAAAUAAUGCUGCAAAUCUGUCAUUACUUUUUGGACAUAGGGUUUGGCACUAGUUUAGUGUUAUUAAAAAUAUAAGGCAAAGCAUUGGUAAUAGUUUUCUGUGAAAGCUUCAAGAGCAGUUCCUUCUCUUAAAAAGUAACAGUACUGUAUAAUAAUGUUCUUUCAUCAAAAAUAUAUAUACAUCUAAUUCUUUUUACAUUUUCUAGUUACAGUAGUUCAAUGUCUUAAUAUAACAACAGAUAGCAGAUGUAAUUGUACAAAUCCUGAGGUGUUUGGUGCAUUUAUGGCACAAUUUACACAUUAGUCAGCUUUUUCCAUGUGUAAAACUUAGCACAGAAUAGCUCAGGUCCAUCAGUACAAAAGAGACCCAGGUGCUGGCCUCUUACUUUAUACUGCACAUGCUUAAUAUGUGCAGUGUGAAUGAGACAUGCUCUUAACUUAAGUUUCUCUGCACUAACAUGGAUGUCUUUAAAGUGACUGGGAAUAUGAAGUCCCCGAGGUAUUUACAUUAAUACAGAAUACUGCACUAGUUUUCUUGGCCCAGUCUAGUUAAGACAAGUUUGGAGUAGGGUGAGGAUACACUGAGUGGCCCAUUUUCUCUUAAUCACUAAAAAAGAAAUAACUUUUAAGGGAGGAAAAAAUUUCAAAAUAAAUUUAAUUAUCUCCUCUUGUAACCUCACCCCUAUGGAGGCUCUUGUCAGGACAACACAAUUACAAGCACUAAACUUAUUUCUAAGUCAUGUACAUCUAUUUACAUAAGGCAUUUAUAAUUUGAAAAAAUUUACAAUACAAUCCUUUAAACAUACAAAAUAGAACAUAACAUUCUCAUUCCAUCCAACAAUACAGUAUAAAAAUACCAAUGGACAAACCCUAUAGGUCAAUGGAAUGGCCAUGUCAGUAACAUUGAAAAUGAAAUUUUUUAUUUAAAUUACGUCACUCCAACACUGGCCAACAGUCAACUGGUCUCAUUUUAGGAAUGUUGUACAAAUGACGUCAUUAUUCUGCAAUAUCACAGUUCAAUAUCCAACAAUAAUUGCAAAAUAACACACACUAUUACUGUGUUUCCUAUUGCUAAGAUUGUUAUUACAUUUGAUCAAUGUCUGAACAUCGAUAAUCUUGUUGAAAUAACAAAACCUGAUAUUUUGUAACAAGUAGCACUUUAAAUGGUAUGAAGAACCAUGUGAUUGAAAAAUGGAUGACCAUGAUUCAAACUACAGUACAUGAAAAUGAAAGGAGCAGUUUUGUAAUUCUUCAAGGAGGGUAAUUGUCAUGCUGUGCAAGAGCCAGAAUAUAAUUUCAAUGAAAAAUACUAUAAUACAACCUUACUAUCUCAUUUGUAUUAACAUCUAUAGCAGCAAAUAGUCAAGGACUUCCUCUCACUUUCAUACCUGAUAUAUUUAACAUUUUAUCUAAUUGCAGCAUAUUUUAUCUAAUUGCAGCAAGUUUAGAACGAUUCUUGUAUAUUUUCUUAGGCUUGAAUAUGUGAUUUCCAUAUUUUAUGGCAUUGCAAAACAUCAAAUAAGUACAGUUAUAAAAGAUUAUGGAUGAUUACUCUCAUAGUAAGAUAAUAAAUGAAUAUUAUAAAAAAGAAUCAAUAUUCAAAUCAAUAGCUCUUGCAGUUUGAAGAAAAUCAAGAAAAUCUUUCAUAGAAAACAAGCAGUUAACUGUUCCAAGUGGUAGCAUAGAGAGUAUGGAAGAUUGAGACGCAAGCAACUCCUGUGGGUACCUGAAUCUUCAGAAAAAAUCUUUGAGAACUUACUAAAUGAUUGUAACCUAUUCAUUUACAAUGAAAUAGGAAAUCUUUGUACAGAAUUUUAUUUCUUGUAUCUCAGAUAAAAUUUAACUUGAAAAAAAUUACAUUUGAAGCCCCAAAACAUAAUAAAAUAGAAAAUGCCCAAGAAAGUCUGCAGAUUUGGGGUUUAGGAGGUGUGUUGAUGGCUGAAGCUGCACACUGAAGUUGAUCUAGAUUUAAUUUUUUUUUUUUUUAUCUUUUUAGAUCAACCACUUUCUGACAUCUCUGAUCCCUCCUAGCACUGAUGCAGGUUUCUUUAAAAAAAAUAUAAGCAAUAUAAUAAUUUCCUAUUCAUGGGCAGAAAUUUCUUUGCCUUUUAGUUUCAUUAUUUCUUAUCAAUGGUCCAUUUUAGCUUUGUUUUCUUAUUACUUCCACAGCUAUUACUCUUCCUAUAGUACACGUGUUUCCAUGAAUAUUCUACUAAUAUCAGAGUACUUGAAUGAUGAUGUGGGCAGGAUACACAGCCUAGAGUUGAGGAUAAAUUUGAACAGAAUCCAAGGCUGAGCUAAAUUAUUUCUCAAUGUUUCAAUAUUCUAGCCUAAUGGUGAACUAUAGUUAACAGUAAUAAACUUUACAUACAUAAACUGCAAGUACAUCCAUGUGAAAAGACAUAUUAAUAUAAGUCAGUAUAGCCAUACCAACUAAUAAUUUAUGAUACUGCCAUUGUCAUUGUGCUCCUGUAAAAUAUGGCAAAAAAAAAUAAAAAAAAGUCAGAAAUAUUCACCUUUUAUAUACAUAAAAUUCUUAAAACAAUGUCAGGUUAUUCAAGUGAUCCCUGGCAUUUCCAGCAUUCUUUAUGGCUCUAGGAAUUUACCAACCUCUCGGACUGAAUUAUCAACUGCUGUGGUUCCGCAAUGACCAGUGGGAGACCCUUGGUUUAUGUUCAAUUGCCUAAAGGUAACACUAGCACUUGCCUGUUCAUGUGUUCAAAGGGGGUAUUAAAGACCUCUAGUGUAGACUUGGACCAUUCAACUGAGAUACAUGCUUCAAGACGUUGUAAUUCACCUCCCACAAUACACCAUUGAUAAUUUGUAAUUUAUCUUAAUUUCUUGAAAAUUUCCAUGAAAUUUUACUUGUAGUAUCUUUUGAUUCGUGUUUGUGCACUUAUGCUUGAUUUUAUGAAGUCUUCCAUACUUUGCUGUGUUGUACAUCAACAAGGAUCUAUU